AUGAGUACGCAGGAGGCGUUGAUGCAAAUGUGCCGCGUAACCCAUGAGCAAUACAUCACCCCAGACCGGGACCCCACUAUUGAUCAGGUCGAAGCGGCUCGAGGUGACUACAUUGUUCUGCUGAUGAAUGCGAUGCAUAACAUGAAGGAUAUUUGCGACAGACACCAUGAAAAUGAGGCUCACAUGUAUAGUACCCUCAUGUUCGACAAGACCUCUCCGCGAUACGUUGGUGAAAAGGUUGUGGAAUCGCGUUGUCACGUUCUCUUUGAGGUCAUCCUAGCCGUUGCCAUCAGGGAUAUUCAGAAGAAGAAGAAGAAGAAGAAGAAGAAGAAGAAGAAGAAGAAGAAGAAGAAGAAGAAGAAGAAGAAGAAGAAGAAGAAGAAGAAGAAGAAGACAGAUCUUAGGCAAGGAAAAAAAAAGCUCCCGAUCUUUCAAGCCGCUGGUCCUGCACGUAACCUUGAAACUCCUGAGCGCUCCGAUGCCUAUGGCGAUCAUAGCAUGCCUAGCACGCCGAACCAAGAAAUGAACCGUCCAGUGACAUUCGCCACUGCCACUAUAGGUACGCAGAACGGGACACUGAACAACUCCGUUGCGCAUUUCAAUCAUGGUGCUGAGUUCAACCCUGCCUUCGGAGCCAACCACCGCAUAACAAACUCACAAAACGUCAAGAGCGUACAAAUUGGAGCAGUGAGCGGUGGAUCAUUGAAUCAGUCACAGGCUCGGUACUCAAACGAGUCUUAUAGCAAGGCAUCUGUAUAUGCAUACACCCGCAGCCCCCAAGCAGCUUCUCAGGCUUACCCGAUCGACCAAUUCCAAAGUCCACGUCGCACGCCAACUGUCGCCCAAAUGGAGGCCGACAUGAACUUUGCACAGUACCAGCAGCAGCCUCCCCGGUACACACCUCCGCCCGGCAACGACCUUGAUGGCACAAGCGUCCAACUUCGAAAUAAUCCCCCAACGGAGCACCGCCUCGAACACCCAAGAAACCCCGUACAGAGGAGGCUACCAAGCGCUACUGCUCCCGCAAAGAAAAAAGCCGCUACUCGAUACCUCCCGGAGCCAAUUCCAAUUUGCAUGCCACAGCUCCAGGCACCAGCGACAUAUAAAGACUCCAUGGCCAAGUUGCUUACUCGCUUACAACAGCUCAACCCGUUGGAGAUCAACGCAUUGCGAGCUCGAGCCGACUUGACACCCGACUGCAUCUGCAUGCACAGCGAGCCGGCAGCGCUGGCAGAGGCAGCGACCUCUGACGAUGGCUACUCAGUGAAUCGAGAGGACUACCACAAUUACUACAAUUACCUUGAUCCGACCGAGGAGGACCAGGACUCGAUCGUUCGGGACUCUAACAACGACGAGCACCGCGCCACAGACGACGGACUUACAUUUUCAGGCUCCUACGAGGAGCAGUCCACUACUGCAUCCUCCGAGUAUUGCGGUUGA